AAGGCGAAGGAUCGUUCUUUCUCGUGAACUGCCCAUACCCAUCGUGAGCCGCCCAUCACUUGAUUCAGCAAUGGCGGCGGCCGCAGCGGCCGGCGCAUCCACAAAGAAGCGAAAGGGUGCUUUCGGCCUGCCCUUGGAUGACGAGCAGCCCAUUCCCCACUCCUCACUCGACCGCGUCACCACUGGCUGCAUCGAAGCCGACCAGCUCGUCUGCAAUGCCCAGUCGGCACUCGAGGGCAUGCUCAGCGGGUUUCUGGCGGCGCGGACAGCAGCAGAGGGCAAGCUCAAGACGAUAGCAGUGGAGAUGCACCAGAUGAUAAGCGAGAAGGGCGGCACACCCGAGCCACAGCACACCACCGGCACACUCAUUCUCAGCGUCGGCGGCACCGUCUUCGAGGUGUCCCGUGCAGCACUGAUGCGUCCGUCGAUGGUGCGCAAGUACCUGUCUGUGCUGCUGCUGCGGUUCGAGGCCGCCCUGCCCCGCGACGCCGAGAAGCGCCCCUACCUGGAGAGCUGCCCGGCAUACUUCCGCUGGCUCCUUAACGAGCUGACCGACGCCCUGCAGAACGACCCAUCGUAUGCCGAGUACCACACACUCUUCAUGCGGGAGAUCGGCAGCAGCAGUGGCGACGACAGCAAUGGCAAUGGCGACGUGCAGAUGGGCGAGGAGGAGCGGCAGGGAAAGGGGGACAUAGCGGACCUGUUCAAGGCGUUUGACGAGAGCCGUCGUGCGUGUGAGCGUGUGUACGAGGCCCUCAAGGCGGAGAAGGAGCGGAUGGCGGCCUUCCUGCGUGCGAUGGAGCCGUUCAUGAAGACGGACGAUAGCGAGGAGGACGAGGUGCUCAGCGUCACCAUCCACGGUGAGAGGGUGUCGGUGAUGCGCCGCACACUGUCGCCUCUCGGCCACAACAACACACUAUACAGUAGAUUUUCACCGUAAGCACGAGAACAAUGGGGAAAAUCCGACAACGGACGUGGUCACGAUGUCCUCUCCUCUGUGUGUAUUGCUGCAGGACGUAUUGGAUCGAUCGCAGUGUGCAUCAGACGUCCGCCGAGCAUUUGCAGCGUAUUGUGGAUUUCGCGAGGCGCCAGGCCGCCAUGCCUGCAGGCCAGCGGGUCGGCCCGCCCGCAGUGGAGCGACGUCGAGAGCUGUUUGUAGAGGACUUGCAGAUGGUGAGUCUGUCUGGGUGAGAACGAUUUCAGCCGACAUCUGGCCUGUGUCGAUAUUGUGUGUCAGUACGGCCUCAAGGACCAGCCCUUCUACCGAUGGGGCGCGGGUGGCGGCCUCAUCAUCACAUCGGAGGACCAGCUGGCGUCGGUGGUGGAGUUCACGGGGCGGACGGGCAAGACGCCAUCUCUCCUCUACAAGUGAGCAGACACAGGAAGAGACGGGAGGGCGGCUGAGGCGUUGGAGAAUGUGCAUGUGGAUGUCUUGCUUCCAAUAGGUCCAGCCGCGACGGUUUUGGCCACGGCAGUCUCCUCGACUGUGUCGGCGACGCGAGCGGUGUGCUGUUCCUCGUGCAGCACAACGACACACACCGAUUCGGAGCAUUCGUGCCCGGCCCCCUCGAACAGCCCGCCGACCCCACACAGCACAAAUUCACCCGCUGCCCCAUGACCUACUACAGCAUCAGCGGGGCAUAUGACGCACCCACGAAGCUGACAUGCCGGCCGAGCACACACAGGGCGUGAGGGUCGCUGGGCGGGAGGGGGCGGUGACGGGGCCGGAUGGGGAGCCAGUCACCAAGUUGGCCAUCAGUGUAGACCAUGCAGCCGUGCUGUCGCUGGGGUAUGGGGACCCCGGCCCGGCAGCGGACCUCAGUAGCUGUUUCAUGUACGUCAGCAAGGACCACUUGCAACUGGGCUACCAAGGGCCGGCGGUUGCGGGCGGCAAGGGCACUUUGGCGGGCGACUUCUUCUUCACCGCGAGCGAGAUGGAGGUGUGGGGACUCGCGCAAUGAGACACGUUGUGUGUGUUAGGUCUGGUGUGUGGAUCGGUCUGAUGGAUGAUGGCUUGUACCUCACGAUCGCCACUCCUCGUGGAUGAUCCGAUCCAUGUAUUGCAUGUUUGACUGGUGGUGGUGGUUGACCGACCUCUUGCAUGCCAUGUGAGUGAAUUCGUC